AUGGACGCCAAACACGAGAACGAGAAAAUGGAUAUCACUCCCGCUCCUACGAGAGGGAGUGAGUCGCCGGAGCCCAUCAAAGGUGAACAGGAAGUGUUCCAAAUUACAGAAGAUGGUGUCGACUUCCGCACGGUUACUUGGCCACGAGCCGCGAUUGUGUUUCUCAAGAUUCUCUUCGCCACCGGUGUGCUGUCCGUUCCGCCUGCCAUGCACACACUUGGCGCCGCUGGUGGUGCUCUCGUACUGAUUGCGGUCGGAUGUGUCAAUUGCUAUGUCGGUAAAAUCCAGGGCGAUUUUCGCAAUAAGCACCCAUCCUGCCAUUCUAUCGCGGAUAUGAUCGGCAUCGUGGGCGGCCCCAUUGUCCGAGAACUGUUUGGCGGUCUCUAUAUCAUUGCGUGGGUGUUGUGCUCAGGCUCAGGCAUAAAUGGCAGUGGCGUUGCGUUCAACGCUUUGAGUGAGCAUGGUGCCUGUACUGUCUGGUUCAAUUUUGUCAGCAUGAUCAUUGUGGCCACCAUGGCAUCAGUCCGGACGUUCCAAAACAUUGGAUGGCUCGGCUGGGUUGGGUUUAUCAGUAUCUACUCUGCAGUGUUCAUCCUGGUUGUGGCGGUGACGCAGGUCGAUCGACCUGCGGCCGCGCCAAAGGAAGGCCCCAUCGAUCUUGACUAUGUUACCUGGGGAGUGGCCCCUACAUUUGCUGCAGGCAUGGUCGCGACUACCACGAUCUUCGUAUCGUCUGCAGGAACGUCUGCUUUCAUCCCAGUCAUAGCCGAGAUGCGACGACCAAGCGAGUUCAACAAAGCACUGUACUUGUGCAUGUUUUUCGUCACGGCAUCGUACCUCACCUUUGCAAGCGUCAUAUAUGCUUGGUGUGGCGUCUACAUCACGGCACCAGCACUCGGAUCAGCAGGCGGCACAAUCAAGAAAGUGUGCUACGGUGUCGGUCUACUGGGUCUACUUAUCUCUGGCGCCUUCUACUGCCACGUUGCAGCCAAAUACCUUUUCGUCAGAAUACUGCGAAACUCGAAGCACCUGCAAUCGAACUCUCUAGUUCAUUGGGCGACCUGGCUGACCUGCACAUUUGGCCUGGCUAGUCUAGCCUUCUUGCUGGCCCAGGCAAUCCCGAUUUUCAACUAUCUGAUUGCUAUUACGGGCAGCUUCUGCUUCGCCCCAUUGGCUUUGAUGGUACCGGCAUGGAUCUGGAUGUGGGAUCAUUCGGAAUAUAAGCGUGGUACAAUCGUACAGAAGCUCAUAUAUGGGGCACAUAUUCUGCUUAUGGCGAUUGGAGCCUUGAUCUUUGUCGGUGGUACAUACGGGACGAUCAAGGCCAUCGUCGAUGCCUACGCAAAUGGCACUAUUGGUGGUGCGUUCUCAUGUGCAGACAAUUCCGGUACCGUGCUAGGCAGUGGAGGUGGCCAUUAG